GUAAGCUCUACAUCUCUAUAGGCCUUCUUUUAUUUCUUUCAAUUUUUUUUUCUUUUUUUAUUAUUGCCUGUAAUUUGUUUUCUUUUGCUGGAUUCAACGAGUUUGUUUCGUUCUGUUGCUUGGGGGAUUAAUGUAGUUUUUUUUUUUCAUGAUUUCAUUUGAUUUUUUGUUCUUUCUGUUUGAAUGAGGUUGGAAUCUCUAUUUGGGUACUGUUGCUUGAUUUUGGUUGGCGUGACACUGGGUGUUUUUUCCCAUCUGGUUUUGUAAUGUGCAGUUUGGUUUGUAGUGAGUUUUUACCUUGAAUGAGGUUCGGCAAAUGUUAAGCAUGGAUUUUGGAUUUUGGAUUGAUUGGAUUCACUCUUUACCAAUUGUGGAUCUUUUUUAUCUUUCUUAGUUUGUUUGAGGGAUAAAUAGAGGCUGGGUGGGAGUUGUUGUUUGUAUCUUGAGGUAAUCUUGUUAAAUCUGAAUUGGGUUUAAAUUUCUGGUGGGCUCGAUGCAUUUGAUGUCUCUGUGUGUUUCUAAUGGGAAUUCAAGUUGUUUGGAAUGGGAGUUUCUGUUGCAUUCUUCAGGGAACGUAGAAAAGAUGAAGAGGCGGACAAAAUUUUAGCUAUCAUCUUGAAGGGUUUGCGACAAGGAAUUAAGGGGUUUGCGGUGAAAAAGGUGUAGGAUGGGGAGGGUCAAGCUAAAGAUAAAGAGAUUGGAGAAUACCAGUGGCCGACAAGUGACCUACUCCAAAAGGAGGGCUGGCAUCUUGAAGAAAGCUAGGGAGUUAUCAAUCUUGUGUGAUAUAGACAUUGCCCUUCUCAUGUUUUCACCAACCGGCAAGGCUACGUUGUGCCUUGGAGAACGAAGCACCAUUGAAGAGGUCAUAGCAAAGUUUGCCCAACUCACUCCACAGGAAAGGGCAAAAAGUGUAUUUUUUAACAGGAAGUUGGAGAGCCUUGAAGCACUAAAGAAAACAUUUAAGAAAUUGGAUCACGACGUAAAUAUUCAAGACUUUCUGGGUACAAGCACCCAAACAAUUGAGGAAUUGACUAAUCAAUCAAGACUAUUGCAAGCUCAACUGUCAGAAGUACACAAGAGACUGAGCUAUUGGACUCAUCCAGAUAAGAUAAAUGACCUAGAAAAUCUUGGGGCACUGGAAGAAUCUCUCAAGGAUUCGGUUAACCGAAUUCGAACACAUAAGGAAAUUUUCAGAAGGCAGCAACUUAUGUCUCUGGAAUGUGCUAGUCAGUUUCAGAAUGGGAUACAUUUACCCUUGGGAAUGGGAAAUGAGCCGCAACCACAACCAAUAUCAUGGCUUCCCAGUAAUGACAAUCAACAUAUGAUGUUGCCAGAGGACCCAAACCUACUUCCUCAGAGAGAUCUGGACUGCUCAACAGAUCUCUCUCUUCCCAGCUACUCUGGUUAUUUUUGCACAGGCAAACAAAUAGAUGUUGACAGUUCAGCGCAAGGUGGUGCCAUGAAUGAGUUGAGCAGAAAUGCAUGCCUGAGGCUACAACUAGGUGGGCAAUACUCAUACCCACCUUACAGUCUCAGUCUGCUUAGUGAAAAGAAAUUCAAGCAUGACGCAGAUAUAAACAUACAAGGAGACCCAGUGGAUUAUCAAGUUAAUAAUGGCUUUGAACCAGCUAGACCAGGUUAUGACCCCAAUCAGGGAAGUUGGGCUUCUACAUCUGGUUCUUGUCCUGAUGGCAUGUUCGAUGGCCAUUCUUAUCCACAGCAACCAAAUUGAGUUUAGAAGUGAUGUUCAUUUAUGACUUGAGUUGUGUAGCCCAAAGACAUACUUCUCCACCAAAAUUGGGUAUGUAGAACCUAAAGUACAAGCGGUUGUUGAUGUUGAAGAAGACUCUCCUCAAUCAUCAGCAGCAGCAUAUGAAAAGAUGGGCAGCUCAGUGCAACUAUUGUAUGUGUACAUUAACGUGACAUUUAUCUAGUUCUCAGAGACGAAAGGAUGCAAAUUUGGUCUUUUUGAGCUAUCAAAUCGGGAGUAUUUAAUCAUCUGUAUAGUUACUCAUAUAUAACAGGAUUUCCAAUCAAUUUUUGUCUUCAUUUUCUUUACAAUUUUACUUAUGACAGAGGAGGUAGAGAUUGAUCCCUCCUUUCAUUCUUUCACAGUAACAUGAGCUGUAAAUUGAAUUCAUAGUAAUAACAGUGAUUCAGAUAAAUGUUAUCUUUCUGUUAAUUUUCUUGU